UAGUUCAUGACAACAAAGACACAUUACAUUAUUCAACAUUUAAAAAUCAAUGCACGUUAACAAGUGUCCAAAGCAAAGUUUAAACAUAUUAUUGAGUUACUAAAUGUGAAUGAAAAUAUACUUUUCAAUAUGAAUGGCUUAACAUUAAGGAUAAGUGGAACGAAUUCCAAAAAAAUGAAGGGAUCUUUAGCUUUUAAUCCUGUUGUUUUGACUCCACAUUUAAUAAAUAAAAUAGUAAAUGGAGACAUAUUUGAAAAAUUUAAUCAAAGCAACAGUGUGGAUGAACAACUGGUCAUUUUGAGAGACAACUUAAAUAAUAAUUGUGAUGAAAAAACUUUAAAUUUUCUUGUUUUAAUUUUCCUACACACUGAAAUUAAGCAUCCGGUCAAAUGUUUUGUAGUAAGGUAUAUCACAAAGAAUGACCAUCUCCAAGAACCAUUUUCGAAAGCUUUAGCUGAAGAGAUAAUCAAAAACUGCUCAGUUGACAAUGUUCUGUAUAAAAUGUACAAGGAAUUUGUACCAAAAUUAGCAAGCUGUAUAGAAAACUUCCCAGCAGGAGCGCAGGCUAUAAAGCUUGUAGAAAUAAAACUUGCAGCAUAUUUGAUAAGCAGUUUGCGCUGUUGUAUAGAAACAAUUAAUUGUAAAAAUUUAUCUCCGACAGAGAAAAAUGAAAUAUUUGAAUUAGCUCACUUAACACUACGACUGCUGCUACAUAUUGUACAGAAAAUUGGCAACAAUAAUACAGAGUUGAAAUAUAAUUUUAAUGAAAUCAAAUUAAUUAUCAAAGAGUUAAUGUUUGACGAUGAUGUCCCAAUGGAUACUAAGUCAGUUUGUGGGAUAUUAUUUUUGACUAUGUAUAUUUUAGAAACUGGACCCAAAUCAUGGUGUGAGGUGUUUGCUCCUAGCAAGCAGGAGAUGUCAGAACUAAUGUGCACUGAAAGCGGUCAGCUGAGCUUACACUCUGCGAUGGCCACUGUGGUCUCAGCGGAGGAACUCAGCACCGCCAAUGUGGGAGACCAGUGCGCACUGCUUCUACUCACUGAUAACAUUGUGGCUAUUGGAGAAAGAACUAACUCGGAGUCUACAUUCACAUUGGGUGUGACGAGGACAUUGGUCCAGAUAAGCAGGACGCUGGCGAGCUGCGAGCCCCAGCUCGGUCUGAAGCUGGUGGACAGUCUGCUGGUGUUCGUGUGGUCUCACCUCGAGCACUACAUGGACAGCGUGCGACAUCUCACCGCACAGAUACUGGGACAUAUCGUUAAAUACUGCACUCAUCUUAGAAACAAGGGUGACGAGUCAGGGUUGGACAAGUUGUUUAGUGCGCUGACGUCACUGGACACGAGCCGCAAGAGCUAUUACGUGUGCGUGACGUCACUGUGCGGCGAGCUGGGCGCGCGCUGCCUGCUGCACAGGCUGCCGCACGCCAUACCACAGCUCAUCGCGGCUUUGGACGUGCAAGCUGUGCAAGCUAGUGCGACAACAGCUCUAGAGAACCUGCUGCAGAAGCACUCCCGCGAGUGCGGCAGCGCGGAGCUGCAGCAGUGCUGGCUGCUGCCCAUCCUGGCGCACGUCGCUCACCACCACCUCGACUCCUCGGUCCUCCACAUCCUGGAGAAUAUCCUCCUGCAAGCUGUCAGGCUUCAACAUAAUGUUUUAGAUUGUCUAUUACCGUAUAUAAAAGAACUGUCGACCACAAAUGAGAACGGUCGUGAAGAUCUGAAAUGUGUCUUAAUGUUAUUAAGCGUAGUUCGAAAGUCCAAUGCCGUUGGAAAAGUGGUGGAAAAAGAGGGGGAGUGGAAAGGUCUCAUUGGCUAUGAUGUACUUAAAAUGGCCGCUGUUAGUGCUGUCGAUGAGACUCGUGUUCUGACUCUAUCUUUAAUAGUGGAAUCUCCGAAGAGUACGGAGGCCUUUACUCCUGAGGAGUUGGAGCUGGUGCUGUGGUACCUCAAGUACAACGUGAAUGCACAGGCUCCCAAUCUUCGACAACUUACACUUUCCCUUAUGAAAAAGUUCUUGAAACGUCUAGAAGAUAGUUACAAAGUACUCAGAAGGCAAAACACACCUAAUGGCAGUUGUGAUAAGAGCGAUUAUUAUGUAACAUUUUUGGAGGAUUUACGAGAAUUCUGCUACGAUUGUUUGAUGUUUGGUGCUAACUACAGCCGGCGCUAUGUGGCCCUCCAGCUCCUGGUCUGGUGCGAGGAGACAAACUACGAAGGUUACCAAAGAACAUGGAAAGCUGAUUAUGUAGAAAAUUUAUUACAAUGCCUUGAAGAUAGCUACGAGUCAAACAAGAUGUUUGCAUUGAAUAUCCUACUGACGUGUCCUCGGGAACUUGUAGAGAGUGGGAGAAUUGCUGCGGGCUUGGAUGUGGAGUCCAUCCUGAGUCAAGCCUCCUCCAUGAAGCCCCCGGAUUGCGUGUCUGCGGCAUACAAGCUGCGCCUGCUGGUGGCUCGCUGCCCGCAGCUGCUGCAGGGAGACACUGAUGUGGCCGAGUGCGUGGUACACGGCGCGCUGCGGCGCGUGCUGCACGUGCUGCUGGGCGAGGUGCGCGCGUGCGAGCGCAGCGUGCUGCGAGCCGCACGCCACGCGCACAUGUACGGCGCGCUGCACUGCAUGCUGCACCUGCUGCAGCAGCUCGACCCCAGAGCAAUAUCAGAGUCGCAGCCGUGGUCGCAGCUGAUAGCGGAGAUAGUGGAGACGUGCUUCGCGGUGAACGCGGCCGUCGCCUGCGUCGUCAACAACUCCUCGCCCGAGGGACACCUGCCCAUGGACAUGGCGGGCCACGGCCUCGCUCACCUGCAGAAUGAAGAGUUAGAAGAUAAAGGGGCGGUAACGGCUCAAAUGGUGCUGCUCUGCGCUUGGAGGUCGGUGAAGGAGGUGUCUCUGGUGCUGGGCUGCAUCUCCUCGCGGCUGAGCAUCGCCGGCGAGGAGCGGGAGCGCGGCACGCUGACGCAGCAGCAGGUGGUGGCCAUGGGGGAGCACUUCACCAAGCUGCUGGCGGAGACCAAGCACCGCGGGGCCUUCGAGCAGGCGUAUGUCGGCUUCACGCAGCUGCUGGCCAGACUGUGGAAGUGUCGCAGCAGCAGGCUGCACGCGCUGCCGCGGGACUGGCUGCGCUCGUUGCUGAGCGCGCUGGGCGGGGCUGCGGGCGGGGCUGCGGGCGGGGCUGCGGGCGCGGCGGGCGGCGCGCUGUGCGCCACACGCCGCUCCGCCGGCCUGCCCUUCAUGAUACAGGCGCUAGUAACAACGGAGCUGCAAGUGAGCGAGAAGCCGAAGUUUUUCCACGAGUGCGUUACAACAUUGAUGCGGCUAUGUGGCGGCGGUGGCGAGGGUGGUAGCGGUGGUGGCGGUGGCGGGGCGGUGCGCGCGCACUGCAGCAACGUGCUGCGCGCGCUGGUGCGCUGCGCCGCGCUGCAGCAGGCGGUGGCGCCCUACGUGGGGGAGGUGCUGCUGCUGGCGCUGCGGGGCUUCGACCGCCCCACGUGGGAGGAACGCAACUCUUCCACGCUGCUGCUGAGCGCGCUGGUGGUGCGCGUGUUCGGGGUGGCGCGGGGGGGUGCGGGGUGUGCGGGGGGCGCGGUGCACGCACGCAACCGCAUGACGGGCCGCAUGUUCUUCCUGCGAUAUCCCCAGUUAUAUGACUUCAUGCUGGAGAAACUAAAAGAAGCGAAUGAGAGCGAGGAGUGUGAGCUGCAGAAGCCGUCGUUGUUCCCCGUGCUGCUGCUGCUGGGCAGGCUGUACCCCUCCGCGCUGGAGGGCACCGUCUCCAACCUUAAGCUGUCGCGGUUCGCGCAGUGCGUGGUGCGGUGCGCACACAGCGCGGCGCUGCGCACACGCCGCCUGGCCGCGCGCGCGCUGCCGCCCCUGCUGCCGCCCGCCAAGUAUAUCCCACAUAUUGAAGAAAUGCUCUCUUUGUUAUGUGAUCAAAAUAUCAAAAGGAAUUUUUGUCACGGGAUACUUUUGCAGGUGACAAGGCUACUGGAGAAUAAACCGGAGAAGUUGUCGGUGCCGGAGGCGGCAGGGCUGCAGCGCCGCCUGCAGCGCACGGCCUGGCUGCUGCAGCCGGCCGCCGCGCCCUGCCACCUCCUAGCGCAUCAAUACACCAAUAUGAUUAACCAGCUCGUUUGGAAAUUUCCAUCAUUUAUAAAUACGAUUACGAUAAACAAAAUAAUUUACUAUCUCGAUGUAAUGUUAAAAAGUAAAGAUAUGUUGUCUCUGCCCGGAAAAGACGUGUGUUUGGCAAACGCAGCCAAUUUGUACUAUGUAUUGACUAAUAAAUACAAACAAAAUGACGAUACAAUAAAAAUUAUAUAUAUAUGCUUAUCACAUUAUAGUUACGAAGUGACAUUAACGGCUUUGAACUAUUUACUGAUUUUAAAUAACGAUUUGGAAAUCGAAGACGCGUUUCAGGAGCAUUUAACUAUUUUAUCAAAAGAAAACAACAUUAUCGACGAAUUAAGAAAAGAUGAAAAUUAUACUAAAACAUUAUACAAUGUGUUGAAAACAACAAAAUAUUUAGAAUGCAAACAGAAAUGCUUGAAAUUGUUGUCGUUAGAAAGGAAUAGUUACAAAUAUAUGAUACAAGAUGACGUAAGCGAUGAUGACGUCAUACGCUCGCUGACGAGACUCGUGACGUCAGAGCAUGAAAAUAUGACCCAUAUUUACCUCUACAGUCUUACUUGUUUCCUUACGGAUAAGAUGAAUGAGCCUCAAGUGAAAGGCGACCUUAUUCUUGAAGCAAUAAGAACGAUAUACGAUUGUAGUUCAUCCCGCAACAGUUUGAGUACCAGGAAUGUGGUUGCCAACUUUUUAGAGAAGAAUUUUGAAAUGUUAAUUGAUUUGGAAUUAAAUGAUUUAUGUGAAGAAGAUAAAUUUGAGUUGGAGGCGCGGCUGUGGGCGGCGCUGGUGCUGCUGCUGGAGGACGACGAGGCGGCGGUGCGGGGCGCGGCGGCGCGCACUGUGGGGUGCGCGGGGUGUGCGGGGUGUGCGGGGCGCGCGGCGCAGCAGCUGCGGGCGCGGCUGGGGGCGCGCGCGCGCGUCGCGGCGCUGCUGUGCGUGCUGGCGCUGCUGGACUUCGACUGUGAAGUCUGCUUACCCGACUACACGCUGGACGAGGUGCGAGUGUUCGACCAGAACGAGAAGUACAACGUGUUCCUCGAGGAGACGGUGUGGUCCGUGCAGUGCGCGGGGGAGAUGCGCGCGCUGUGGGGGGCGGGGGAGGGGGAGAUGCGUGCGUUGGGGGCGGGGGAGGGAGAGAUGCGUGCAUUGGGGGCGGGGGAGGGGGUGGGGGAUGCAUGCGCACGCGCAGCUCUCCUCGCGCAGCACCCGCACUAUGCACCCACAUUCACUAAGCUCUGCGGACCACAUGUGGAUCACUUCCUACGUCUGGCUGCUGGAGAAUCUAGUUGCGAUAUUCCUAAAGUAAAUCUGUUUGUUAAAGCUCUCAGAAAAUAA